UGUUCUAAUUAUACGGUGUUGCGUUAUCGGUUUAACGUAACCUAACUUUUACGAAGUCAUUUGGAACGCGCUUCAUAAAUUAUAAAGCUGUACGAGCUACAGAACAUUUUGGAAACGAGAAUCGUACACUAUCGAAAAGGCACAACGCCCGAACAAAAGUACUGUUUACCACUGGGAUUGUACGGCAGUAAGCAACGAUAUAAUCGGAGAAACAAGAACGCACGUAUUGGAGAUAAUUUCGUUGUUGCAGGGAAAUGAGAUGCGGUGAACAAACAGAUACAUGGUUCAUAUUUAGUUCUCAUGUCAAACUGUUAUCGAUUUAUAUAUUAUUUAUUUAACAAUUAAUUAGGAAUGUAUCAUAAGUUUUCCCUGUUAUUUUUGAUAUUAACGAAUGAAGUCGUAUCUGCACCGUAAGAAAUAUAACAGGGAAGAAACGUUUGAGUAUAUUUACGAUAGAUGCAGAAUUGUCAGUGUAUUAAUUUUAUUUUGUACUUUGAUGUAGUGUAAAUUGAUGUAUAUAAUACUUGGUAUAUUCAUACGUUAUUGUACACGCGUUGAUAGUAAAGCAGUUAAGGGUUAUAGAGUUUCUUAUAGAUUUAAAUAGUGAAUUUUGUAGCAUUCUGUUCAUUUAUAUUGACUAUGUAUCACACUAUGUAUCCACCGCAAAUAAUGGCGCAGAUAAUGGGUGGCCAACAGGCAAACGGACAGUGUCCGCCAGUUCAAACACAUGCAAUGCACCUUCAUGGUACAAGCGUGUUCCAUCAGAACGAAUAUACAAAGUAUCGCUUGGAUACAUGUACACAGAAUAGACAUCAAAUGAUACAGACAGGAUCUUAUCCAUUGGAAUUAUUACAAUUAAUGGGCGUCGAGCUACCUUCUUUGCGACGCGUAGAAUACGUGCAGUCGAAUAGCAGUGUACCUUCAGGAAAUUGGCAGAGGUGUGCAAAUACACCAAACAGUACGCCUAUAAUGCCCUCUCCGCAUCAUAAUUUUAGACCAAACAACAACUGUUUGGUAAAAAAAUCAAAUUGGUAUAGUAAAAUUGGUAAAAGAAAUUCGUUUAAAGAUUCGUUCGGAAACAAUGAAAAGUAUGGCAGUGAUAGUGGGUUCAGUUCUCGUUCUCCGACACCAAAUAAGUAUCAAAUCGAUAGUAGCCAAACGGAAAGUUCGGACGAACGAGAUUCUACAAAUUCUUCAAUAGAACAAAAUAUGAAGAAACCGCACAAAGUACAGUCAGACAAUGUUAUAAAUAAUAGAAUAAUGCAAUAUAGCAUAAUUUCUGACACUCCUAGCCAUCAGUUUUAUCAGAAUCAAAGACACGUUAAUUGCUAUUCCGCUACAAUGGCUUCAUCCAGGUUUCAAUUACAAAAUUAUCAGAAUAAAAGAAGAUAUCAUUCAGGGAGGAAUAGUCCACCACCUCAAAGAUUACAACGAAGUAAAAAAUAUAUGGGAUUGGUAUCACCAAAUUAUAGUUCAUUCCCUACUUGUGGAAUUGCCCCAGAUCGAUUUCUUGCUAGAUCACAUUUAGUCGAAGUAACCCACACGCCCGAUGAACUAUUGAAUGGAUCGAUUUGGGAUAAUCUUUCGAGAGAUGUUUGGGCCAAGUUUAUGUUUAAUCAACAGACUGAAACUGUUUAUAGAAACAAAAUGAUGCUCUGGAGAUAUCUUUACGUUUAUAUUAAGACUACAUUUCCAAGAUACGGAUUAUUUUUGGUCGGAUCUACGAUGAAUGGUUUUGGAUCAGAUAACAGCGAUGUUGACAUGUGCCUUUUGGUAAGGCAUACAGAAAUGGAUCAGAGAAACGAAGCUAUUGGACAUUUAGAGCAAAUACUGAAAUGUCUUAAAAGAUGCGGUUUUAUAGAACAGCUGGAACUUAUACAAGCAAAGGUACCAAUUCUGAAGUUCCACGAUUCGAUACAAAAUUUAGAAGUUGAUUUAAAUUGUAACAAUGCCGUCGGUAUUCGGAACACUCAUCUGCUCUACUGUUAUUCUCAAAUUGACUGGAGAGUGAGACCAUUGGUACUUGUGAUCAAACUUUGGGCUCAAUCUCAGAAUAUUAAUGAUGCCAAAAACAUGACCAUAUCGAGUUAUUCUUUGGUUCUUAUGGUUAUUCACUUUUUGCAGUGUGGUGUCAACCCACCCGUUUUACCUUGUUUACAUUCUCUUUACAAGGGAAAAUUUACACCGCACACGGACAUACAUUGCAUAGAUAUCCUGGAAAAGUUGGACAUUCCAGCUUCUGUACUUCGGCCUAAAAAUUGGCAACCGUUGGGGGAUCUGCUCGUAGAAUUUUUUAGAUAUUACGUUAUGUUUGAUUUCAAUCAAUACGCGAUAUCGGUGCGUUUGGCUAAUAAAAUACCGAUAGAAGAAUGUCGAAGGGCGCGGUCUUAUAAAAAUGAUCCUCAUCAGUGGAAGUAUUUGUGCAUCGAGGGAGUUGCGUUCUCCUUGUUAGACAAUAUUUGUGUGUUUAUAGAACCAUUCGAUCUAACCAACACUGCAAGAUCGGUUUACGAUCCGGACGUAUUUGCAAGGAUCAAACAUGUAUUCGAUUGUACGUACCAGAAUUUGAAGGAUCAUCACGACUUGGCUAGAAUAUUCGUCAAGGUGGAUUCUGCUUCGCCCUAUAUCGUAACGUAACCACGGUUUCCAGGCUAGUAUAGAAGUACUUGUUAUCUAGGAUAAUUUUAUAUUCGAGAGCAGUUUAUUUUUGCAAUCGGCCUCUUAUCAACCAUAAUCGGAGGCAUACUCGACUGAUAUAUCCUUACCACCGAUGUAUGAGAUGAAAAGUACAAUGGGGUAGUCUUUUACGCUUAUCUCGAGCUAACGAGCUCAUAAUCUUGUGAUAAUAAGCCUGUGCUGGUACGCACGACGGCUCACUUGUUCCGUUAUAAGAUCGAACAUUUUUUCUCGUUUCGUUUCCGUUCUAUUUACCUUUUUUUUUAUAUAAAUGUGUAAUGUCACUCAUUACAUAAAUUUUUAUGCGGAACGUAAAUGCAACUUCGUAAUCAAAAAAGAAAAAAAAAUAGAAAAAAAAAAUGUUAAACGAUGUAUUCGUAAAUAUUCGAAAUUUAACUUUACACACGUAUCGUAACAUGUGCAAUAGCGUUCGUAGAUAUGAGAGGGAGCCCUGAACGUAAUUGAGAGUCGGGACCGUGAUAAAACCGCGAGAUUAAAACGCUUUUUCAUCUUACGAACAUCAUUGAUUACCUUAUUCGGAAUUUGUUCAAUUUGAUUUCGAUGCGUGUUUUUCCAACUUUUUCUAAUAACAAUAUGGUGCCUUACAAUCGUCGGGCUACUUUAAUCGAACUAUUAAACAUAUGUAGCCCCUCGAUUGAAUAUGAUACAUUGAAAAGAAAAAGAUCUUAACAGAAUUUCAGUUCCUCUUGACAAUUACUUACGGUAUAGAUUAAUAUCUGCCUAAAACAUCGAGGAAAAUAUCAUCUGUAUUUAAAAAAUUGAAGAAUGACGUGUCAAUGAAUUUUCGUUAGAUCGCAAAAAGAGGUACUUAUUCUUAAUUGAAACUUGUAGUGACCUUAAAACUUAUAUUUAAAACGUACUCAAAAAAAGGAACGAAAAAAAAAAAAAUUAAAAACGUUAAAAAGAAAAAAAAACAACUAUCAUUGUUCGAAACAAAUAAUAAAAGAAAAUUUAAAAAAAUUCUAAUUCUAUGUAAAUCGACAACAUCGAAAUUCUCUUGAAUUACACGUAUCUCACUUAAUAAAUAAAGAAAAAGGGAAAAAAAAAUAAUCAAAUAAAAUUAGUUUAUCGAAAGAAUACAACGUAUAUUUUGUGGUGAUCGAAUUUGAUUACCUAUAUCAUGUGCCAAAGUAAGAAAUUAAUUUUGCCUUUACGUGAAAAGAUUUUAUAAUAUGUGAAGUCUGCUCGAUCUGUAUUUCAAAAGGAAAGCAGGCCAGUUUAACUAUGCAUUUGAACAAUUCUUAAAAUAGACUGAACAGUACUUGGUUAUGUAAUUAAAUUUUUGCAAUGUUAUUUCCCGAAAUAGUGAUCUGCUAAUGAAAGUUCCUAAUUUAAAAAAAAAAAAAAAUUUAUCUGAAAUCUCUAAGUUGAUUUCGUUUUUAGUCUCGUUUCGACUAGUCUUCCGUGCGCUAGAAACAUAAUGUAAUCUGUUAAAUAAUAUUUAAAGUAAUACUUAGAAAACAGGAGGCUGUGCUGACAGUAUAAAAAUUAUUUAGUGCAAUACUCAACCUUUAGGCCUGUAGAAAUAAGUAGCAACGCCUGAAUUAUAAUUCAGCUACAAAACUGUUGCUUCGUUAAAGAUCAUUUCCAUAAAUUUGUAAAAAUUUGUUGGUUUCUAGAUAGCGUUAAUAACUUAUAUUAUUCCAGAACAGGCCUAAUAUAUUUUUCUAAUUCAUUAUUUACUUAUUUUUGUAACAAAUGUAGAAGAUGAAAAAAUUAAGUACCUUCCUUCGCACAAACUGAAAAUCUUGAUUAUCUCCCUCCCCCCCUUUUUUGUCAAUUACUACGCACAUGUAAGACUAAAUUUUAAUGUAAUAAUAUCAAACUUUUGUAAUUUUCAUUUUGCCGUUAAAUAAAAACUAUUUAUAUACAGUAGUGCACAGUUCAAUUUCAGCGAUCUGUCUUCACUCUUCCCCCGCCAUGUAGGCAAAACCUGAUCUAAAGAAGGAAAGAGAAUCGAUUAAACGUAAAGAAGCGAAACGUGCACAGUAAGACAAAGAUGCUACAAGAAAAAUCAUACAAUAAAAAAACUUUUUACAUUUCGCAAUUUUCAUUUUAUCAUUUUAGAAAUCGUAUCGAUGCAUCGCUGGAAUUUUUGCAUCGAUAACGUUUUUAUAAAUAUAACAUAAAUGUGUGGAAUGUAACGUAUCGUAUAUUGGAUGAUUAUUUUUUGUCAUGACAGCAUCUCUUUGAAUCUAUUCUUUUUCUUCGUUACGUAAAAUAUAUUAGGUUUCGAAUUUGAUGAAAUUCAACCGUGCAUUACUGUACGUACAAAUUUUUUUCUAUUAAUCGACAAUUUUAUUUUAGUAGGUA